AGAGACAUAUAUUUGGUCAUCCCUAAAACUAGUUUUUGGUUCAGCUUUCGAAUAAGGCUAAUUUCUGCACUUGUCCAUUUCUGGAGGGCGGUUCAUUCUGCAAUUAAUGUUGUUUCAGUGAGUUUUGUAAGUGGACAAAACCAAGUUUUGAUCUUAUUAUGCAUGAAAUCUAGUGGCAGGGUAAUAGUUUGAUGCCAUACAAGUUCAUGGAGGGAAUUUCAAGACACAAGCGUUCCAACAGUGAACCAGUAAACAGAAAAUUUGAGAAAGAUAAACUGAAUAGCAUCCUCGAAACUCCUUACAGUCUUAAAAUGAAGGAAAUGGGAAGACCGAACUGCUAUGUUGAAGUUAUGAUGAAGAGGCAAUCUACAGAUUCUGAUGUUCAGAGUUCUUUAUAUCAGGAGAUUCUACAGCUUCAAAAACAACUGGAGGACCAAUUUUUGGUACGGCAUGCUUUACAGAAGGCAUUAAGUUAUCGUCCAUUAUCACCGGAUUCUACAAUUGAAACCUCUCUACCAAAGUCUACCAAGGAAGUCAUUAAGGAAAUAGCUGUGUUGGAACUAGAAGUUGUGUACUUGGAGCGCUAUCUUCUUUCCCUGUAUCGGAAAACCUUUGAUCAACAAAUAUCAUCUGAAUUGAGCGUGGCUCCUGGACAAGCUGUUACACCAGAAAAUAGCAAUACAGUCACUUACUCUGAUGAUCUUAUGUCACCUCGGAAUUCGAUUGUCAAACCACUAAAGGAAUGCAAUGACAUAGUAGAACAACAACAACUGUUAGAUUCAAGCAUUCAUCGUACCUACUCAUCACUGUCUCAGCGUUCAACUUGUUCAACUAGAACUUCUCCUCGAAUGAAAUCUCGAGCUAAAGCUGUAGAUUCAUACCAUUCCUUACCUUUCUCGAUGCUAGAGCAAGCUCAGAGUGCAACUACAAAUGUAUAUCCGACGGAACAGCUUGAAACCUAUUUCUCUGAUCAAGUUCCAGACACACCAAACUGCAUUUCGGAGGAGAUGAUUAAGUGCAUUGCAACCGUAUUUUGUGAACUUGCAGAUCCACCUGUUAUCAGUCAGGAUUACUCUAGCUCUCCAAUCACAUCAUCAUCAACGUAUAACUUAUCUUCUCACAGUCAAGGUGAAAAGUGGAGCUCAAAACGCACAAAAGUUCCAUUUUUCAAUUCUCAUUCCGAUAAGCCUUUCCACAUUGAAGGGCCAGAUGAAAUGAGUGGACCUUAUUGCAGAAUGCUAAAGGUACAUUCAAUCUGUAGGGACGCAGAGAAGUUAGGAGAUGUUGAACAUGCACUAAAGAAAUUUAGGUCACUUAUCUGUCGAUUGGAAGAAGUUGAUCUCAGAAAGAUGAAGCAUGAGGAGAAGUUGGCUUUUUGGAUUAACGUGCAUAAUGCACUCGUGAUGCAUGCAUUUUUGGUCUAUGGCAUUCCACAGAAUAAUCUAAAAAGAGUUUCACUGCUACUCAAGGCUGCUUAUAAUGUGGGAGGUCACGCCAUAAGCGUAGACAUGAUACAAAGAUCCAUUCUCGGAUGCAGAUUGCCUCGUCCUGGACAAUGGCUGCGGCUGUUGUUUUCCAUGAAAACAAAAUUCAAGGUUGGAGAUGCACGGAAAGCGUAUGCAAUUGAGCAUCCUGAACCUCUUUUGCAUUUUGCACUCUGUUCAGGAAGUCAUUCUGAUCCUGCGGUUCGUGUAUACACAUCCAAGAGAGUGUUUGAGGAGCUGGAAACUGCAAAAGACGAAUACAUCCAAUCGACCUUCCUUGUGCACAAGGAACAGAAAAUCCUUCUUCCAAAGAUUGUGGAGUCAUUUGCAAAGGAUACAGGAUUGUGCUCAGCUGAUUUGAUGGAGAUGAUUGAGCAUUUUAUGCCUGAUUUUCAAAGAAAAAGCAAUCAACCGUUUCAACACAAAAGAACCUGGAAAGGAAUUGAGUGGAUUCCUCACAACUUUACUUUCCGUUAUCUGCUAUCCAAAGAAGUAGCUUGGUGAUCUCUUUGCACUGAUAAAGCAUAUGAGUUGACUUUAUGGCUAGUUUGUUCCUUUGAUGUGUUUCGCCAUGGAUAACAUGAAGAGUUCAGAACGAAAAUGAAUCACAACUAUGCAUCCUCAAGAAAUGCGCUUUUUCUGAGCAGAAUGAUGAUCAAAUGCGCUCAAGGUUGAGCUUGAGUUAUUCGAAAGAAUGCCGGGCAUGAAAGGGCUUUAAUCGAGAAGAACAUUAGGUGUGCUCUGGUUUCAUAACUAGGAAGUCUUGUGCUCUUGUGAGCUUGAGCUUGUUUGAUCACCAAUCUUGUUUGAGUGUCGUGGCAGUCAUCUGCUGUCAUUAGGUGUUGUACUAUCCAGCAUAUUACAGUAGGCUUGUAUGUAAAAAGAAAAAGAAAAGAAGCAAGAGACAGGUUUGCAUGCAGCUA